GCCUUAUCCAGCUCGUACCAUUAGAUUGAAUAGUAAGAAUAUGGUAUCUACGGUAAUUCUAUAUUAAGUACCUACUAUUACACUACGUAAUGAUGAAACCAGUGACUAUAUUAUCUUGACGUUACCUAGGUAUAAAAGCCUUUAGGUGUUUCCAUCUGCCCCUAGGACAAAACAGAGAUAUGCCCCCAGGGGCAGAACAGAGAUUUGCCCCCAGGUGCAGAACAGAGAUAUGCCCCCAGGUGCAGAACAGAGAUAUGCCCCCAGGGGCAGAACAGAUCAUCUGCCCCCAGGUGCAAAACAAGAUAUGCCCCCAGGGGCAGAACAGAGAUAUGCCCCCAGGUGCAGAACAGAUCAUCUGCCCCCAGGUGCAAAACAAGAUAUGCCCCCAGGGGCAGAACAGAGAUAUGCCCCCAGGGGCAGAACUGAUCAUCUGCCCCCAGGUGCAGAACAGAGAUAUGCCCCCAGGUGCAAAAGAAGAUAUGCCCCCAGGUGCAGAAGAAGAUAUGCCCCCAGGUGCAAAAGAAGAUAUGCCCCCAGGUGCAGAACUGAUCAUCUGCCCCCAGGUGCAGAACAGAGAUAUGCCCCCAGGUGCAGAACAGAAAUUUGCCCCCAGGACAAAACAGAGAUAUGCAUAGUUACCUUAUUAUGAGGAGUCUGUUUGCUACGCGCGCGUGCGUCCAGCCCACGGAAAGCUCCCUAAGGUAAAAACCUCAUGUUGAGGACUUAAGCGAAAACACAUCGUUGAAAUAAAAAGAGGAGGUUAAUAGAUAAUUACC